AUGGUCGAGAUGAGUGAGCUGAGCAAGCCCAAGGAAGACCUUCAGGACCCAGGUGAGGCCCAGGGCCCAGAGGAGGCACAGCUUUUGGGGGCUGAGGGGAGGAAGGCUGCAUCCCCCUCAGCCUCCUCCCCCCAAGUCUCCUCAUCAGCCCCUGUGGAGGCCUUGCCCCAGGAAGCUCUGAAUAUAAUGGUGGCUAAGAUGGUGAAGUUCCUGCUCUGCAAGUAUCGAGCCAACGAGCCAACCUCCUAUGCUGAAUUGCUGAAUACAGUCCUCGGGGAUAAUCAGGACCACUACCCGGUGGUCUUCUGCCAAGCGAUUGAGUGCAUUCUGCUGGUGUUUGGUGUGGAUAUGAAGGAGGUAGACCCAGGAAGCACAUCUACAUCAUGGUCCCCAACCUGGGCCUCACCUGUGAUGCAAUGCAGAGAGGUGGGCAGGGCCUGCCCAAGGCCGGCCUCCUGGUGA